GUUUAUUAUUAGGGUUAAUCGCAUGCGCAGCUCUUCUAGAUCAAAGAGCAAAAGAAUGAACGUGACAACGCCAGUCAUUUUUUGUAAUAUCUCAUUUUAUAUUGUUGAUGUUUCUAUUUAUUUAUUAUGUUUAUUAUUGAAUUAGAUGCUUGAAGUAUGGAAGCGAAAAAAGAAAAUAAUGACAAUUCUUGUUCAGGGAAGAUUGAAAUAAUAGAAAAUAAAUUUCCCAUUUCAUUAGAAGAAUGUAUUAAUCGGGAAUCUAAAAAGUGGACACCGGUCGAAAUAAUAAAUAAAACAAAAUAUGAAGAAUCUAAUCCAAUUUUCGGAACAUCUCCUGUUAAUGGCGUUGAGAAUAAUUUUUUUCAUAUACAUUCUACCAAUUAUCCGAAAAAAGAUGUAGACCCAAAAGUAUGUGAAAAUUCGCUUUUAACAGAAGCUGACAAUUCGAUUUCUCCUUGUAGUAACAACUUAGCACAAAUUGUGGAAAUGGAAACUACGAAAAAUGGAAUUAAAAACAAAAAACAUUAUCCUUGUCCCAUAUGUGGAAAAAAUUUCGCAAGGUCGAAUUCAAGAAAAAAACACCUCGGUCUACAUUUCCUCAAUAGAUCAGUAGUAUGUUCGUUUUGUGGUCGAAUAUUUAUCCAACAAAAACAUUAUUUGAUACACAAUUUUGUCCACGCCGUGAAAAAGAAGACAACAAAAUGGCCGACGGUCGAAUACGUGAACAAAUCGAUGCCAGACGAUAGUAUAUCGAUUAAAACCGAGACAAUAAAACCAGCGUUCGAAUUCGAUUGUGAUAUAUGCGGAGAACGUUUCGAUACCGAAGAUCGUCUUCAAAACCAUUUAAAAACCCAUCCGAUCUUAUUUAACUGUGAUAUAUGCUCUAAAUCUUUCAGCAGAAAAUCCUCCCUCACUCAACACAAACUUAUCCACUUCGGCCCACAGUUUUACUGCGAAAUUUGUUCCAAACCUUUCAAAAGUAAAUCGAAUCGUAACCGACAUCUAUUGACACACUCGCAAACUCGUAAUUUAUUUUUCAAAUGCACCGCGUGCGUACAAAAAUUCAAUAAAUCCACAAGUUUCGUAAACCAUUGGAUAACGCACCAAGAAAAAGCGAAGCUGCAAUGUAAAUUGUGUAAUAAGACGUUCAACAAAACCAGAGACAUUUUCGAACAUUGCAAAAAUCAUUUUUAUAUUAAAAAUCGAUUGCAAUGCGAAAUUUGCCCUACGUGGUUUAUACAGAAGAAACAACAUCAGAAUCAUUUGAAAAUGCACGCGCAAGGCGUACCGCCCGGUAUAUGCUGCACUUACUGUUUGGAAAAUUAUACAAAUGACGACGAGCUCUCCAAACAUACCGAAAUACACGAAAAACCGUUCCAGUGCGGUAUUUGUUUACUAUUAUUCAAAGAAUACAGUCAACUAUGUCAACAUAUUGAAAAACACACCGACAAACACACAAAUAUAAAUUGCCCUUUUUGUACCGCCACUUUCCAUACCGAUUACCUCGCCGAUCACAUAGAAAACAAACAUUCGGAUAUGAAGGAAGGCGGUACGAAAAAAUCCUUCACCUGCAGCUAUUGUUCGAUGUUUUUUACCACGGAAUCCGAUCUGAAGAACCAUCUGGCGGAGGGUAGUCGAAAGACGUGUUGUAAAAUUUGUUCGAUCGACAUUUGCAGUUUGGAAAAUUUGAUAAAACAUAUACGGGAGACGCACAUCGGCGCGAAAAAUCCGUUCGCUUGCGUGAUAUGUACUAGAGAAUACGCCGAUAAAGACGGUUUAGUUAAUCACCUUCUUUCCGAACAAGGUAACGAUCUAUUGGAUUAUUUCAAACAAUGCGAAAUAUGUCAUUGGAAUUUUUUCGACGAAGGCGAUUUUACGACGCAUUGGAAACAAUAUCAUCAAUCGGUUAUUUCAGAUUUCAACAAUUAUAAAGAUAUUACAGAUUCGAAUAUAAUUGUCAAAGAAGAAGAUUUCAAAGACGAGUUCGAUAUUAUUUACCAAGCGUUAGAAAUUAAAGAAGAUAAAGUAGAAUAUAGUGGAUACUUCGAUCUCUGUUGAUUUUCUUAUCAAAUACUGAAUUUCUAAAAAAAAAAUAUAAACUCGUGGACAUAAAUAACGCACCACCCUUUAUUUCAAUAUCAAAACCAGAAGAAAAAAAGAAUUUUCUAUCACAAAAAGUUAAAGUAUCUUAACACGUCGACUGCCACGGCAAGGUCAGAAUUCCAUUUAAAAUGACAAUUUGAUUUAAUUACAUUAUUACAUUAAUAACAACUCAAAUUCUAGUGCAUAGUUAUUAUAAAAAGCAUAAAAAUAGUUAAACAAUCAAAAUUCAAUAGUUAAGUGAACGUGAAGCUGAAAGAAUAGUCGAGUUAGUUGGACAGGAACAAAGUUAUCGUGAAGUGGCAAAUCUGUUUGGCCUACACCACACAACCAUUGGCAGAUUGAUGUAAAGAUUUCGAGAAACCGGUUCACAUUCUAGGAGGCCUGGACAAGGAGGUCCUUUAGUUUUAACUCCUCGGGAUGACCGUUUUUUGCAAUUAAAUUCAUUAAGAAAUCGAUUAAAGGCAAGUGUCGAGCUCAACAGCCUUUUAGGAGAAGUCCGAAAUGUAAAUAUCUCCGAUAGAUCAAUAAGACGACAUCUUCAGAAUGCUGGUCUACACAACAGAAGAGCUCUCCAGGCACCUUUGAUAACCAGACAGGAUCAUGUUGCUAGACUAAGAUUUGCAAGGCAACAUUUAGAUUGGAAUUUAGAAAAUUGGUGCCAAAUUUAAAUAUUUACUGAUGAGAUAAGAAUCAGUCUAAGAGGUCCAGAAUCAAUUUCGAAGACUUCGAGGAGAAAGAUUUGUGAAGUCUUGUAUCAUUCGCAGGGAGCCGUUUCAAGAAUUAGUGUCUCUUUCUAGAUCUGCGCUUAACGCAGCAGAUAAAUAACUGACUUUCUUGAAACUCACGUCGUUCCGUAUUGGCCAUUUAUUGAUGAUGAUUUUUGCUUAAUGCAUCAUAAUGCUAGACCACACGUUGCGGCAGAUGUUCUGAAUUACCUAAACGAAGUAGGAAUUCAUACCCUGGACUGGCCACCAAGAAGUCCAGAUAUGAAUCCUAUCGAGCAUCUCUGCGACAUUUUAAAACGCCGCAUUCGUCGUCGAAAUCCAUCUCCUCAAAAUUUAAAUGAGCUUGAGCAAGCGGCAUUAGAGGAAUGUGAGAACAUACCACAAGAAGUGAUACAGCACCUAAUUGAAAGCAUACCCAGGAGAAUGUUAACAACAAUUACAUCCAGAGGCGGAAAUACACGCUACUAGCGUUUUAAAAAAAGGAACAUGAUUGUUUAAAAUGCAAGUUUUAUUUUUAAUAUUAAUAAUAUUAUUUAAUAUUGGUUUUAUUGCAAUGUUUUUAUUUUUAUUUUUUUACUCAUCAAAAAUCGGGGUGCUGCGUAAUUUUUGACCACGAGUGUAUAUAUAGAGCGUUUUAAUGAAAGGUGACUAUUACACUCCAGUAUUUAUGGUGAUAUUUAUACUGAACACACUGUUUACAUCAACACUACACUGACGCGCGUUUCGAUAACCAAGUUAUCGUCUUCAGAGACUAAAGAUAAAUAGUUUAUCGAAACGAACGUCAGACAGUGAAAUUGUGAAUUGUGAAAAAUAUAUUUAUUUUUCAACGUAA